UAAGAAUUCCUCAUUACCCAAACUUUCCCAAAGCAAAAGACAACCAAGAGCUCACCAAGAAAAUAUUCUUCACUUUCUCCUACUGCCUUUCACAGACCCACUUUUUGCUUCUCUCCCUUUAUCCUCCUUUUUCUCACAGUUGAGUUCUUGGAAAUCGAUGAAUUGAAGCUUUAAGCACAAGAACAAGAAAUGGCAACUCUUGGGGAUAUUGGGGUGUCAGCUCUCAUCAACAUACUGACCUCCUUCGCCUUCUUGCUUGCCUUUGCUCUGCUCAGAAUUCAGCCAAUCAACGACAGGGUUUACUUUCCCAAAUGGUACAUUGCCGGGAAGAGGACCAGCCCCCGCGGCAGGGGUGGUGUGGUGGGCAAAUUCGUCAAUCUCGACAUCAAGACUUAUUUUACUUUUCUUAAUUGGAUGCCUCAGGCUCUGAAGAUGAGUGAGGCUGAUAUUAUCAGCCAUGCUGGGCUUGAUUCUGCUGUUUUCUUGAGGAUAUAUACUCUUGGCUUGAAAAUAUUUGGUCCAAUUGCAAUUGCUGCGCUUCUAAUUCUGAUUCCUGUAAAUGUAUCGGACGGGAUUCUGUUUUUCUUGCGCCGCGAGUUGGUUGUCAAUGACAUCGACAAGCUUUCGAUAUCAAAUGUCCGUCCCAAGUCCUAUAAGUUUUUUGUCCACAUAUCAAUGGAGUAUUUGUUCACUUUUUGGGUGUGUUUCAUGCUCUAUAAGGAAUACGGUAGAGUUGCGUCAAUGCGGCUAAACUUUUUGGCUUCGCAAGGCAGACGGGCAGAACAAUUCACGGUUCUUGUCAGGAAUGUCCCAAAUGUGUCAGGGCGAUCCAUAUCCGACAGUGUCGAAACCUUCUUUCAGAAAAACCAUCCGGAUCACUAUUUAUGUCAUCAGGCCGUGUACAAUGCCAAUAAGUUUGCAAAACUUGUUAGAAGAAGAAAUCGGCUUCAAAAUUGGCUCGACUACAACCAACUUAAGUUUGAGAGACAUCCACACAAGAGGCCUACAAGGAAGAGAGGCUUCCUUGGAUUAUGGGGCAAACGAGUGGAUUCAAUCGACUUCUACAAAGACCAAAUCAAAUAUAUUGAUAAGAAGCUUACAAUGGAGCGCCAGGAGAUUUUAAAAGACCCGAAAUCCAUAAUGCCGGUAGCCUUUGUGUCAUUCAAUUCGAGAUGGGGUGCAGCCGUUUGUGCGCAGACACAACAGAGCAAAAAUCCGACACAGUGGUUGACACAAUGGGCUCCCGAACCCCGAGACGUCUACUGGAAGAACUUGGCGAUACCAUUUGUGUCGCUCACUGUCCGCAAGUUUGUGAUAUCGUCGUUGGUGUUUGCCUUGAUCUUCUUCUACAUGAUACCCAUUGCUUUCGUCCAAUCCUUGGCGAAUCUGGAAGGAUUGGAGAAGGUUGCACCUUUCCUCCGGCCAUUAAUCGAAUGGAACUUCGUCAAGUCUUUUCUGCAGGGCUUCCUACCCGGUCUUGCUCUUAAGAUCUUUCUGUAUUACCUACCGAGAAUUCUAUUGUUUAUGUCCAAAAUCGAGGGGUACUUAUCACUUUCGGUGCUGGAUCGACGAGCUGCAACGAAAUAUUACUACUUCAUGCUGGUCAAUGUGUUCUUGGGAAGUAUUGUAACGGGAACUGCGUUCCAGCAACUUCAUGCUUUCCUUCACGAAUCAGCCGCACAAAUUCCGAGAAAUAUUGGGGUAUCAAUACCGAUGAAGGCGACAUUCUUUAUUACAUACAUAAUGGUCGACGGAUGGGCUGGAAUUGCCGGUGAAAUUCUCCGGUUGAAAGCGCUAGUGAUCUUCCACCUAAAGAACAUGUUCGUUGUCAAAACCGAGCGGGACUUGGCAAAGGCAAUGGACCCCGGAGGCGUCGAAUUCCCGGAGACCUUACCAACUCUUCAACUAUACUUCCUUUUGGGAAUCGUAUACAUGGUUGUUACCCCCAUCGUUCUUCCUUUUGUGCUCGUCUUCUUCGCCUUGGCAUACUUUGUGUAUCGCCACCAGAUCAUUAAUGUGUACAACCAACAAUAUGAGAGUGCCGCAGCAUUCUGGCCUCAUGUUCACGGUCGCAUUAUAGCAGCUUUGCUGAUAUCGCAGCUCCUCCUGAUGGGCCUUUUGAGCACAAAAAAAGCAGCAAACUCGACUCCUUUGCUCGUCGUGCUACCUGUACUGACUCUCGUCUUCCACAAAUACUGCAAGAAUCGAUUCGAGCCUGCAUUCAGAAAGUAUCCCCUUGAGGAAGCAAUGUCCAAAGAUUUGCAAGAUCGAACCCCUGAGUCCGAUAGGGAGUUGAAGGCUUACUUAGCUGAUGCAUACUUACAUCCCAUUUUCCAUUCGUUUGAAGAAGUCGAUUUGGUUGAGGUCAAAGUCGACAAAAGCCCGGCUCGUGACGCCAGCUCUUCUCCGAGCGAGCUCAGCUCUCCAUCGCCUCAGCACACGGACACUCAAGCAGACGAAGACGAAGUCGAGCCGACACACAACGUCCAGCACUACGAAACAGGAGAACCCCCACAUACUUUGUAUCAAUAUCACUAUGAAGUUGACUCAGGCUACAACAUGUAUAGGUACGAUGAUGCUGAGCCACAUUACCAAUACUAUCACUACUAAUGUCUGGUCCGUGUAAUAUAAGAUGUCCGAACGGGAAGUAGAUAACUUGUAAAGGCUGUCUGUUUGCCAAGAUCGUGUCCAUUCUCAGCAGCAGCUUUUGUACAUUUGAUUGAUGUAAAUGCCAUGAAGAUCUCCAAAGAAGGAAUCUAAAAUUCAGUAGUGUUCGAUUGAAAGCG